GCAGCUGCAGAACCAACUAGUCGGCCAUCCUCAGGAUUCAAAAGCAUUUCUUCUUUUGAACUUCCUGUACAUCCCAUUGUAGAGCCCAACACAAGCACCAUGAAUAUUCCAAGGCCUAAAUCUGCAAAAGGUCGUAGCCGUCCCAACUCUGCUUAUAUUCACAGUCCAGAGACUUGUUCAUAUUCCAUUCCAGUUCCAUCUGCUUUUAGUAACCCAGGCAACAGUCCUCCAUCUUCACCUUCUAUGUUACAUCCACCCACCAGGAUCACUCGAGUGACUAAUGAGAAUGUUCCAGAACUUCUCCAUCAAAUUCCAUCUCGGCCAUCCUCAUCCUUAAAUAGGUACAGAGUUCUACCAUCCAUUGGAAGGAGAGAAUCCAGUGAUGGUGGAAUAAGGACUAUAGCACAACAAACCAAUAAACUUAAUCUGCAAACUGACCUUCAACAAAAAUUCAAAUCAAGCAAGCAGCAGAAGCCGCCACUCUCUAAAUCCAGCGCUGCAACCUUAAAAAUACAAUUGUCCCAGAGUCGAGCAACCACUUUACCUGAUGAACCAUCAGAAUCCGAGCCAAGAUUGCAACUUGCUGUGAGGUACCCGUCAGGCCAGAGAUUUGAACGCUGCUUCAGGCCUUCAGACACACUACAAACAAUCCUGUCAGUGGCUGAAUGGAAGAGCAAUGCCAACUAUGCUAACUCCGUGGUUGAAACCAUGGAUGUGCCUAGGAGAAGCUUUAGUGACCUGUCAAAGACAUUGGAGGAAUGUGGAAUUCAAAAUAAAUCAGUUCUUUGUAUCCUACAAGAUGAUGAUUAG